AUGAACGAGCCAGUCAUGACUCGCCGCGAACAGGCCAAGAUCCCGCCCACAAACGUCCCCGACCUGAUCCAAUACAAGGCCCGCCGCGCCACGCACCACAUGCACGCGGCCGACGAACACUUCAGUGCCGCCUGGCGUCUCGGCAUCCAUUAUGACAGCUUCGAGAUGGACCCUUCGGUGCCCUACUUCAAGCUGCGGUGCCGAGGCUGGCGCCGCCUCAUGAGGGCACGCACGCAUGUGCGCGAAGCCCAGCGCCUGCUGGCCUUGCUCUCCCUCGGACAGGGUGGGGGUGGGGGCUUGCUGGACACUAGUACUCCGCCCAUGAGCACACUGAAGCGGGAGUACCUCUUCCGCCGCAUAGCCAUGCUCGAUGAGAUGCUCAGUGAGCAAUUUGACAUCGGUAACAGACGUUUGCAACGGUCUCAAGGCAUGAACAUCGAGUUCCGCAUGGCCUAG